AUGAAUGUGCCCAAAGCUCCUCCCAGCCACUCCCACUUCCCAUCAGGAGGUGGGCCUUCCUCUCAUCUAACCCUCCCCCCACCGUCCUCCUCCUCCUCCACGUCCCCAUCCCCCUUGUCUGUGUCCCCGCCCUCCGGCCCCCCUCCCCCUUCUCCAGUGAAGAUCUCCAUGCAGGAGCACUUCGCCAUUAACGUUUGUCCCGGUCCCAUCCUGCCCAUCCCCAACCUGUCCGACUUCUUCCCACGCUACCAUGCCUUUCCAACCACACCCCCUCCGCCCAGGGAAAAACCUGUCACCCGGACCCGAGAGACAGACAGAGAGAGAGACGAGGAGAGACAGGAGGAUGGAGAAGAGCGAGAGGGCGUCGACUCCGAUGAUGAUGACACAUACCUGGGCACUCUGGAGUUCAGCCUGCUGUUUGAUCAGGAGAACAACUGCCUGCACUGCACUAUCCAUAAGGCAAAGGGACUAAAGGCCAUGGACUCUAACGGACUCGCUGACCCAUAUGUGAAGCUCCACCUCCUGCCUGGAGCAAGCAAGGCAAAUAAAUUGCGUACAAAGACCUUGAAGAACACAUUGAAUCCAGUUUGGAAUGAGACCCUGGUUUACCAUGGCAUUACUGCUGCUGACAUGACAACAAAAACUCUCAGGCUGUGUGUGUGUGAUAUGGACCGUUUGGGUCGUAACGAGUUUAUUGGUGAAGUGCGAGUCGCUUUAAAGAAGCUCAAAGAAGGAGAGAGCAAACGAUACAACAUGGGACUGGAGAGAAUCGCACAGGUGCGAGACGGUAACAGUCAGACAAUGGAUCAGAGUUCACAACCAGCAGAGGAGGAGAGGGGACGUAUCCUGGUGUCUCUGUGUUAUAUGGUGGAGAAGACAUGUUUGGUGGUUGGGAUUAUUCGAUGUGCUCACCUUGCUGCAAUGGACUCUAACGGCUACUCCGACCCCUUCGUCAAGAUCGUUCUUCAGCCAGAUAUGGGGAAAAAGUCCAAGUAUAAAACGUCAGUGAAGAAAAAAACAUUAAACCCAGAGUUUAAUGAGGAGUUUAUAUACGAGGUUCCUCACGAUCAGCUGGCGAAGAAGACUCUGGAAAUAUCCGUGUGGGAUUAUGAUCUGGGAAUGAGCAACGAUUUCAUUGGAGGAGUUGAAUUGGGGAUUAAUGCUAAAGGAGAGAGAUUGAAGCACUGGUUUGAGUGUCUUAAAUACAAAGGAAAGAAAGUGGAGUAUUGGCACACACUCACACAGCAAGGGGCACCGAGCAGCGACUAGCAUGCACAUGCGCACACACGCACGCACAAACACACACACACACAC